AUGGCUUUGGGUCUGACGGACAGAUAUAUAUUCAAUAAUCUUAGAUUGAAGAUGGGUAUAAUUGCAAUUGUACCAAUCUUCAAGACUAUAUUUCCACCUGCAGCCAGUGAACGACUUGAUCACUGUGCAGGUGUUGCCACUGGAGUAUUGGAGACACAGGAGUUGUUUAGAGGUGCAAGGAAGAAUGUAGAGGAUGAGAAAUGGUUCACAAUAUUUCUCGUUGACAACAAAGGUGCAAUUUUCUAUCAACAUGAUGAAUACUCAUUCGUCAAUGAGAGUCAUAUCUACACCUCAAAUCACUUUCAAGGACGUUUCCAAAAUGUAGCCAGGUUUGAAGUUGCCAACACCGAGCUGAAGAUGAUUACAUUUGCAGCAAUGGAAUAUGAGAAUGAGAAGAGAACAUCAUCACCUAUUCUCAUAGCCGUUUCACUGAUAUUGUUGGACCUUUUCAUCUUCCUCUACGUACUGGAGCAGAGAAGAAGGAAAAACAUCAAUGACCGAAUCAUCAAAGAGCGCAGUCUGCUACUCAAUCGUAUUCUCCCAGAGGAGGUCUCACAACAAUUGGAGAAUGGUGAAGAGGUUGUUGCCAAGCUUUCAAACAAUGCUGCCGUCUUCUUCAUGGACAUUGCAGGAUUCACCAGUUACUCCUCCACUCACACCCCUCAAGAGAUCAUCAUUGUACUAAAGAGGAUAUUCUCUUUGAUUGAUCGAGCCUGCUGUGAUCACUAUGUCGAGAAGAUCAAGACCAUUGGAGAUGCCUACAUGGCUGUGACCGGUCUAUCAAACACACAGUGCAAGUUGAGCAUGAAGAGUAACACAGAGAUAAUGCUAGAGUUCAGUUUGGAUAUAUUGGAGAUGCUAAAAGAGGAACUCAGCAGCAUGGUUGGCCUCAAGGUGCGCAUUGGUAUCCACUGUGGACCCAUCAUCUCUGGUGUGAUCUCAGGAUCCAAGCCGCACUUCGACAUUUGGGGCGACACUGUCAAUGUUGCCUCACGUAUGGAGUCUACUGGAAUACCAGGAUUUGUUCAUGUCUCAGACCGUGUGUACCAGCUUACUCAAGACAGGUUCCAUUUCUCCGAACACCCAGAAACAAUCAACGUCAAGGGCAAAGGAAGAAUGAGAACAUGGUUCCUACUGCGCAAGAAGGGAAGGAAGAGCAUUGAGAACUUGGACAUGGACAAUAUCAGAUUGAGACAGAGUAUGGACUCGGCAGGAUCACCAAUCUAUCAUCAAGAACUGUCACCAAAGAGAAUCGUCAAGAACAUCGACUAUUUGGAUUUGGUCCAACAUCAGCCUUCACCAAUACUGUUAUCCCAACAACAGGCAAAGAGACAUCAUCAUCUAGCCAAGAGAGCAUCGAGGAAUUAUCGUCCACAGAACAUUGUGGAUAUUAGUUUCAAUCACAUUGAGAGUCCUCCAAUUCAUUCCCAAAAUUUACAUCACCAUUCAUCUUCGCGUAGUGUUCCAAACAUAUCGCCUUCACUCAAGUCCACCCAGAUUGGACUUCCAACAAUGUCCAUCAACUCUGAGUGGAGCUCAUCAGAUGACAGUCUGACUGGAAAUUGGCUUUGA